AUGUGCUGCCUCAAAACUGAUGAUCUACCGAUAGUUUACGCGCGUUGUCAAUGUAUUGGUGGAGUUGGUCUCGGUGAUUUCCCGCCAAAGAAUUAUUCACAUUACAGAGUCAAAAGGAAUGGCUUCACGAACAAUUAUGGAUAUGGGCCACAUGGGAUUGGGCCCAGCAACAUAGGCGUGGAUAGUUUUGGCUUCUAUCGUGAUAAGUUCUACAAUAGUGGACUACCUCCCUUGUACACUCAUGCAGCUUACCGUAAUUACUACCACGAAAUUUCCUUCCACAAAAACAAAUACGGACUUCCAGCGCCAACAAAUUUCGAAAUUUUACAACAGGAAAGAUUUGGACCCUAUUACAAUGGUGUAUGGGGUUAUGUGGACCAAUCACCGUAUUGGUAUGGAAAAUAG